UGGAGGAUCAUCCCUCUGGGAAGAUUCCACCCAUGGUGUCAGUGGCUCCCUCCAGUGACAUGGAACCAGAGCCGAGUCCUAGAGAGCCCACAGAGCAUGUGGUGGAGCCAGGGUUGAAGGAGGAGGAUUGCUCUGGACCUGAAGACAAUGACAACCAGCGUGAGAAGGAGCUGUCCCAUCCUCGACAAGAAGACAAACAUCCUUCCGGAUUUGAGGAGGUCCAAACAGACAGCCAAGGACUAGAGGGCAAGGUCACGACAAUAACACCACUCUCCAAUCCUGAGGAGAGAAGUGAAGAUACCAGACGUGAGCAUGAGAGGAAGCUCAGGAAGACAAACAGUUUUGGGAAGACAGUCCGGUUUCUGGAACCGGCUGAAGCAGAGAUGGUGGAGGAGAGGGCAACCUUAGAGGAGAGUUUUUUUCCAGACUAUGAGCUGGAACAGUGGACGUCCUCCAGCUUUGAGGAGCUGUUCAUGGCAGAGGACUGGGAAGAUAUCACAGAUGACCGGCUGUUGAGGAAGAAGGUGCUGCAGUCUGCCCCCAAGCAGGCCCCUCACCCCGACUGGGGUCAUGAGGUCACUGUCAAAAUGCAGGGCGUGCUGGAAGACAGGACUAUGGUGGAGAAGGACAGCAAGCUGGUCUUCAUCAUAGGAGAGGGAGAUGUCAACCAGGCCCUGGAGGAGUGUUCCAUAUCCAUGCAGAGAGGGGAGAUUGCACUGCUGCUGGCAGAUUCUCAGUACGCCUAUGGACUUCUUGGAAGGGAGCCUGAUAUUCCAACUUGGGCACCUCUCCUGUACCAGCUGCAGCUCCUGGACAUCAGAGACAAGCCAGAUCCUGUGACUCUUCCCAUCCCUGACCGUAUCCGAAUCGGCAACCAGAAGCGCGAGCGAGGGAACUUUCACUUCCAGAGGGAGGAGUACAGCAUGGCUGCAAGGGCCUACUGCAUGGCUCUUGAUAUGCUCACCACACGCACCAGGGACGGUGACAAUGCUGUAGUCGUGGAAGAAGAGGAGGAGGUGCAGGACUACCGGGUGAAGUGUCUCAACAACUUGGCAGCUGCCCAGCUGAAACUGGAGCAGUACGAUGAGGCACUGCACACCAGUCGGGAUGUUCUGUUCCUCGACCCAAGCAACGUUAAAGCCCUUUUCAGGACGGGGAAGCUUAUGUCAGACAAGGGGGAAUAUCAGGAAGCAAUGGAGACACUGAAGAAGGCUUUGAAACUGGAGCCGUCCACCAAGGCCAUCCAUGUUGAACUAUCAAAACUAGUUAAAAGGCAAUCAGGAGGAAAUGAUUCUCAGAAGUGGAAGGCUAAACCUGCCCAGAUGCUUGGAGAAAAUAUUGCACCAUUUCUGACUCCCUCUAAAAAGAAACCACCUGGAAUUUCAUGGAAGUUCCUGCUUGGAGCUCUGAUGGUGGCCUUGGGCAGUUUAGUGACGUCAGUGGUUCUGACUGCAAGGAACUGACGUCCUCUCUACAAAACUGCUAUCAUCUACGAGGCCAGCUCAUGAAUACUAAAUAGAAGUGAACUAUCUACUGUGGAGAAUAUGAGACAGAGUGCAUUGAACUAUGACAAAUACUGUCUUAAAGGUCACCCCAACAUUCAGCUUCUGCAUUGACAUAUGCACCACAGAUUGUGUUUAAUUACUUUGUAGAACCAUGGCGCUUCACCUGAAAAUGUAUGCCGUUUCCUUCUCUUUGCAAUUUCUAUCACACUGGAAAUGAAGAAAAAUGCAUCUUUAUAAAAUAUUUGUGUUUAUAUAAAUAUUUGCAUAUUUACAUAUGGUCAUAACUAAAUUUGUGUGUGAGUUCACAACAGGCAAUGGGAUUAUCUGUUAAAUGAAAUGUAGUGACAUGAGGAAAGUGUCUCUGUGUGUGAUCUUAUUAUGAAUGUU